AUGGCAACUGUCGUGGUGCAGCAGCAGCCGCUGCGCCACACCACUCCUCCUCCUGGGUCGGUGUCUCCGGCUUUGAGCCUGAAUAGAACUUCUUCCCCGGUUCCAAACAAGCAUAUACCUGUCUGUCCGACCGGCCCGUCUCCCAUCCCUUCGCGAACGAGCUCGCCCGCUCCAAAAGAAGAUACCAAUCUUCCAGCGUCCUCACCUCUUCACCCUCCCGAUGCCUUCCCCAAAAUCGCAGAAUCGCCACCGUUAUACUCGAUAGAAAUUGAGAUACUGGAGGCUGCUGUCAAGCAUUGUUCUUCGCAACCGCUUCCAGAUCCCAACUUGAUGUUUCCUUGGUUGCAUGGUCUACACCCUGAAAACCACCUGCAGGUCGGGUUCUUCACUAAUCGACGGCGCUCACUCCGGCGCACUCCUAAAUGCUGGAGAGGUCUUACAAUAGUCAAAGUGGGCGGCGACUUGACCACAUCUAGGCUAAAAGGCGCCGUGGCUCCUGAUGCGAUCCUUGCACCGUCCGGAUUUGAGUUCCUCGCUGUUGAUCCUCGCGAAGGUUUCUCGGUGCGCAACUUCCACAUUCAAACCGCGAAGAUAGCCCCUUUAUCCGACAUUGUUGUCUACGGCCAGGACGGCGUAGCUGCGAAGCAGCUUCUAGAUGUUGCAGGCAGAAUUACAGCCGCACAGCACCACUGGAGGCUCAGCUAUGACCAUGACCAAACUUUGCCGUCAUAUAAUACAUUCAUUGUCUCUUGUCCUUUUUCCGACAUCGAGCGAAGAGCACCCAGCUUGAUAGCUGUUAAUUCUAGCGGACACCUGACAGACCAAGUCGUGGAUCUCUUCCAGUUAGAGCGUUUGGAGAUGUGUACCAUGUCUCGUGCAACCGAGUUCUCGAAGAACGUCUGGCAAGGCCCUACUCCAGAUUAUCUCCUGCAAGCUGGCACCUCUGGGGCCCCCUCAGCCGAAUCCUUCGAUUUGAUGAUUGAUGCAAACGACCUUGCCGGAAUUCCCGGCCCUCGUCAUUUGGCGAACCUAGCUAAGCGCCUUGCGGCAGAGCCUCAGCGACUGGAAUUUCCAUCGUCUGGCUCCUUGCUACUCCCGUCUGGAGAGAGUAGGGAUGUCGACGAUUUGAUCAACACACUUCGGUGGAUAUUCUAUCUCGCAAAUCCAGAGAUCCCAGAAACGGAUGCCGAGGGGGACAUCCCUAUGGAUGAAUCUCCCAAAAAGUCACGAAAGAUCCUAAUUCACUGCCCUGAUGGGUAUACCGAGAGCUCUCUACUAGUCAUCGCGUACACAAUGUUUGCUGAAGGUAUUCCUGCAAGUGAAGCUUGGCUUAGACUUCACAGGGAGAAGAAGCGAAACUUUUUCGCCUACCCAUCUGAUGUCGCGUUUUUGAGGAAUGUGCAAGAAAAGAUUCUUCAAGAGAGCCCUGCGAAUCCGGCAAAAUACCGACUAACGGAUCCUCGGUGGUUCAACUUUUGCGACGGUUCUCUCCCAAGUCGAAUUCUACCAUAUAUGUACCUCGGAAACUUGUCUCACGCAAACAACCCGGAAAUGCUCUGGGAACUUGGGAUUCGACGUGUUCUUAGCAUUGGUGAAGCCGUUUCGUGGACUGACUCUGAUUUCGCGAGGAUGGGCGCUGAAAAUGUGAUGCAUAUCACCAAGGUGCAGGACAACGGUAUCGAUCCUUUAACCCAAGAGUUCGACCGUUGCCUCGAGUUUAUUCGCAAGGGAAAAUCGGAUGGUGCGGCUACUCUAGUUCACUGCCGAGUGGGCGUCUCGCGUUCAGCUACGAUAUGCAUCGCCGAAGUCAUGGCAUCCCUGAACCUAUCUUUCCCACGGGCAUAUUGCUACGUCCGAGCGAGAAGACUCAAUGUCAUCAUCCAACCCCAUCUACGAUUUGUAUAUGAGCUCCUAAAGUGGGAAGAACUCCAACAAAAGAAGAACAAGCAACCUCUGAAGAGAGAACUCGAGUGGGCAACUGUGGCCCGCGAAAUCGCCCUCAUGAACAAACCAUACUCGAGAUAA